AUGUUUAGGCAAACAAAGAAAAGAAUUGCUGCUAGAAGAAAUUUCGAUUCCUAUAGUGAAUCCAUUUCAGAUAGUUUCCAACCUGGUAAAGAUAAUUUCACAAGGAUAAAUUUAAAGGACGGAAAUUUAGAUAGCGAAAAGAAACUUUAUGACAUAAUAUAUCCAAAUAAAUUAUCGUUCUAUGAAUACCCACCAAGAGGAGAAAUAACAUUAGAACAGUUCGAAACAUGGGCAAUUGCUAGACUGAAAAUCUUAUUAGAGAUUGAAUCAGGUAUAUCAAGAAACAAAAAUUUAAAUGAAAUUGAAACUUUAAUUAAAUCCCAUUUUAAUAAAUUUUUGCCGUUAACUAAUGACAAUUAUAUAAACAAAAAAAAAGAUUAUUAUUCUCAUUAUAUUCUAAGACUUUGUUUUUGCCGCACUAAGGAAUUAAGAGAAAAAUUUGUUAGAGCAGAAACUUUCCUUUUCAAAAUUAGAUACCAAAUGCUAAAUUCCUCAGAUCAAAUCAAAUUUGUGCAAUCACUAAAUUUACCUCUUCUACAAUAUAUAUCUGAUCAAGAAAAGAAUAAAUAUUCAAAAGAAUUAUACCAAACCAUUUCAUCUCAAUUACAAUUCCAAUUAAAUUUAACCGAUGAGCAACAAAGAUAUAAUUAUUUCCAAAAUGAAAAAUUCAUCAAAUUACCAUUUGAAAAUGUUAUCGAAAUGGUUGGUAACCGUUCUGUAUUUUUAAAAGAAGGCUAUGCAUACUUGCCUCAGUUCCAACAGUUGAAUUUGAUUGCCUCUGAAUUCGCUAAUAAAUUACAAGACCAACUAAUCAAAACAUUCCAAUAUUUACCAAGAUUAAAUGAAGAUGAUAGGCUAGUACCCAUUUUAAGCCAUUUGUCUUCUGGUUAUACAAUCUCUGAUUUUAAUCAAAACUCAAACCAAUACAACAAUAAUGAAGAUGAUGAUAUAACUGCCGAAAGUGUUUGGUCAGAGAGAAUCAACAAACAUUAUCCCUUAUGUAUUAGAAACUUAUUUAAAGGUUUAAAAGAACAUCAUCAUUUAAGAUAUUAUGGUAGACAACAACUUUCUUUAUUUUUAAAGGGGAUAGGCUUAAGUGCAGAUGAAUCUAUGAAAUUUUGGACAAAGGCAUUCACGGAUGGUGGUCACAUGAGUUUAGAAAAAUUUAAUAAAGAAUAUAGAUACAAUUUUAGACAUAAUUAUGGGCUAGAAGGUAAUAGAAUCAAUUAUAAACCAUGGGAUUGUAGAACAAUUUUAAGUAAACCUAGACCAGGUAGAGGAGACUACCAUGGUUGUCCCUUCCGUGAUUGGAGUUCAGAUAAAUUGACAGUUGAAUUAGCUAAAUUGGGAUUAACAAAAUCUCAGAUUAGUAGUGUACUAGAUUCGUGUGAAAAUGGUGAAUAUAUUGUUGCAAACACUAAAGUGUUUGAAUAUACCCAUAAUUUAGCCGAUAGUGAACUUGAAAAGGAGGGAUUAACUUUAAUGGAUCAUCCAAAUCUAUAUUUUGAAAAAUCAAGGCAACUCGAAAAGAAACAACAGAAGACAACAGGCUAA